AUGGAGAAGGAUUACAGUCAUUACGAAGAAAUAUUGAUCGGCAGCCAUUUUAUAGAGAGUCAUCUUCAUAAAUACUUGAUUGAACACAUGAAUGCAGAGAUAUUUUUGGGUACGAUCUACAACGUAACGGUUGCAAUGGAAUGGAUAAGAUCGACGUUUUUAUAUGUCCGAGCGUGUAAAUCGCCUCAAAAUUACGGAAUGAUCAAAAAUCUUAAUAUCCAAGAAAUAGAAAACAGACUACAAAAUUUGUGUUUAACGGAGAUCAAGGCAUUAGCAUGCACGGGGUUAAUCAACUUUGUCGAUGAAAAUAAUGAAAUCACUUCAAAACCAGAAUGCGAAAUAAUGGCUAAAUAUUCAAUAAGCUUUGUAACAAUGAAAAAAUAUAUGCAACUAAAAGGAACUGAGAGCUUAAAUGAUAUGAUACAAUUAUUGGCUCACUCUAAAGAAUUUGACCUUUUACAAGCAACCCUGGGGACAUUAAGAAUUACGGACAGUUCGCUAGCACAAGACGCGACUUUAAGAGAUAUCACGUUCAAAGGUACGAAAUUCGAAAUAGCCCGAGUCGCGUGCAUUUUGGCAAAAUGCGUAACAACAAAAUUAUGGGAGCAAUCAAAGUUUGUUUCAAAGCUUAUACCAAGAGUAGGACAAGUGUUAUCAGGAGAAUUUGUUUUAAACGGUAAAACUACAUUGAAAUCAAUCAGGGAUACAGAUCCUAGAGAAUUAGAACGGUUCCUUAACCGACAGCCUCCGUUUGGAAACCAUAUACACGACUUUAUCCGUCAGAUUCCAAAAUAUAGAGUGCGGGCAACUUUUGAUGAAAUUUCAGAACAAGUUAUUGUAACACUUCUUUUAAUUGACCACGAUAAUAUUUCGGCAAAUGUGAUACUUCAAACCGUAUCGGUUUUAGUGGGUGAUUCUGAAAAUCGUCUACUAAAAGUUCAACAAAUACGGUAG